AUGACACCGCUGGAGCCCUCGCUGGGGAUCCAUGCCAGCUUUGCCGAAGAAGGUGCAGCAGAAGCUGAAGAAGAAUCACUGCCAGUAGCCGGGGAGUCGCUGUUCUCACUCGUCUCUCAAAAGGAAGUGGAGGCCAGAGAGCUUCGGAAGAAGCAGCUGGAAGCAUUCUGCGAGAAGCGGCAGGAGGUGCGCCUUUCGCAGGCAGGUGCAGUGGAUGGGAUCCCAGACUGGCUGCUUGACGCUUCGUCUCUACUGGAUGAAUUUUACCAGGCUUUGGGUCAGCGAUCUGGGGGGCUGGAGCGAUUCCGGACCGUCAUUGCGGAGGCUGCCAAACGGCUGAACGACGAAGAGUGGGAGCAGUUCAGAAGGAUGCCUUUUGACGCCACUCAUCGCCAGGAUCUGCACGUGUUCUCGCGCCUUGUGGCGGAUGCAGAGCCGCACUGGAAACGGCUGAUGGAAGAUCCCGCGCGCAGCUUCAGCAAUGUUUCGCGGCAGGCCAUUGUUCGCGAGUAUUUGUACAUUGGUCUCGACAUGGAGCGGCCCGCUGCGGAGGCUGUUGAGAGCGUUUUCUAUGUCUCCCAGAAAGCCUUGCUCGUCGUCAAGAUGAAGCUGAAGAACGAAGAGGAGAUACCACCGGAAGUUCUUCGUUCCUUCUCGUUUCCAGGCGACCACGAGGAAGAUCAAAUGCUGAUUCCGGUCGAUCUGAGUGUGCUGGACAAGCAUUUCCCAGCAGAGGAGGAGGACGCACAGGAGCUGUUUGAUCAGUUCGACAGAUUGAAUGUAGACCUCCUCAUUGGGAAGUUAGGCUCAAAGAAAGCCGGUGAAGUUUUCGUCGAGGCGCAGCAGGCGUUCCUCGCCAAUCGGAACAGUGAUGAUCCGGACAUGAGAGCUCAGCCGAUGUCAGUCGCUGAGUGGAGACGACUUUGGGCAGGUUGUGAGGAGGACUUGGAGGAGGAAGUGCUUGAGGAGGAUCAAGAAGUGAAUGAGGAAGCCAAUGAAGGUGAUGAUGAUGUCGAGGAAGGCUUGAGGGACCCCAGCGAGCAGAUGAUGGAGUUUUUUCAACGCCGAGGCUGGAGCAUGCAUCGUGCUCCUCCAGUCUUGCCCAAGCCCUUCGACAAACAAGCUGGAGAAGCAGAUGGCCCGGAUGGGUAUCAGCUUGCGGUUCUAGACCUCACCUUCCCCUGUGACGCUCCACAAGAGGGCGCGGAGGUGGGCUUGUCGAGGCCAAGGGGCGAUCUCUCCGAGAAUGAUGCUGACGCUGCAGUCGAAGUUCUGGAAGAGAAAGGAUUCAGAAUCGGCAGCGACGCAGAACUCGAUGAUUUGGUGCGUGGUGUGCUGCAAGACUCCGCACAGCAACAGGUCACUUGGGCACCUGGAGCGGGUCCGGCACCUCGCCUUUGCGGAUUGCCGCUCAAAGCUAGCGGCUUCGGGAAGAUUGGCGUAUCGCGCAGCGAUGAUGUGCGCAGGCGGCUUCACACAAUCCAGGGAGCCUUGGCCGAAGCUCUCCGCAACCUCCAGACGGGUGGUGUUUUGGUUGCAAGUUGGUGCGGCCUUCCCACUCAUCCCGUGCUGCCGUUUCUGACGAAGCAACUUCGGCCAGGAUUUCGCCGUGUACAUAUUUUGGUGCCCCCGGACUGCGUGACCUUUGAGACAUACAUCGUUGCUGCAGAGUUCGACCCAACCGGGCACAACAGCCGGCCAGAUCCUGUCCCUUUGCGACCCCGCGAGAGUAGAAACUCGCUGCUGGGCUUGGAGCCUGCCGAGAUGUGCAAGUUCAACUUCCUAAAUUGGUUGCGGAGUCCGCUGCGGAGUUGGUCAACAGGUUACGACGAUGUUUUGGCAUGGACGUUAAACUUCAGACGCGAGAUCUACGAAGAGUGUUUGCCAAAAUACAAGGACACAGUCGUGAACGAUGUGCGUGCCGAUGCGGCUUACGAUCGCCCCUGGCUGACGAACAUGCCCGCGAAGUCUCAUGUGGCUCGGUCGGCGCCCCUGGACAUGGAGGCUCGCUUCGAUGAGAUGUGGUCUAUCUACGCGACCAAGCUCGGGCUAUUGAUGAACAAGCUUGAGCCGCAUUCGCUUGAUCCAGAUCUUAUGCCUGAAAAGCCCCCGUACCGGUUCAAUGCUACCACCAGCUGGAGUGUGCCGAGACCCGUCCUUCCACCGGCAGAGCUGGUCAUACUACCCCAGAGGAAGCAGAUGCCGACCGAACGGGUACCUGAAGAGAGAUCUGAAUCCAAAGUGGAGGGAUCGAAGUCAACACCAUCCAAGUCGCGAAGUCGCUCCAAAGGAGGCUCAAAAGAGCAUUCGAAGAGAGGCCGUACGAAAAGCAAGGAGUCUGGCAAGAUCAAGAGUGGGGCCUGCGAAACAUUGCCCAACGACUCGUCGACCAGUUCGGAGAAGCCCACCGCGGGCAUCUCAGCCUCGGAAAUCUCCGGCACGUCCUCCGCCACGGCUCCGGUAAUCCCGUCUGUGUUGGAGCAGGAAGGCGUCUCGGAGGAGCUUCCCGUGGCUCAAACUGCCGAUGGGAAGCUUGAACCUCCCGGAGAUGCUUCACCUGAUCCGGGUUCCGGCAAUGACGGCCUGACUGCUCCUGCCAGCCAGCAAGAUCCGGAGAUCGAUUUGUUUGAAGAGUUGCCACAAAUGUUUGGCUCAAAUGUACACCUGCCGUGCGGGAACAUAGCUUUAGGUUGCACCUUUUACGGCGUGAUGGCGCCGCCGGCGAACAGUGAUGGUGGAUGCCCAGAGCCAUUUGACACCGUCUUGUUCGUUGAUGUGGACGGCGUAUUGAAUGUUGGCAUCCAGGAUGAUGGAAAUGCCCCAAUUUUGCUCAAGACCAAUGAGCUAGACCUGGCACGAGAGCUUUGUGCCGCGGGCUACAACGGCCGAGAUGCUGAUACCGCACGGCGAAUUUGUGCUCUGGCUUCCCACUCGGCUGACUGCUUCGGGAGCAUCACGUACGAAGCAUUGGCAAGCCAGGAUCAGCUCUCCAAGGUGUUGCUGGGACGACUGGCGUUGCUCAUCCAGGAGGCCGGUAGUCGUUGCCAUGUGGUGCUCUCUUCCAGCUGGCGGAAGAAGCAGCAUGCUGGGAGACGGAAGGUGCUCGAGGAGGAGCUGUCCCAGUGCCUGGGGAGGCCGUUUGUCUUCGACGGAGUAACUGCCUUGCUGCUACCGGAGCGGCACGCCGUGCACAGACUUGCAGCAAUACGAAUGUAUUUGUCAGAUUUUGCACAGAAGGACAGAUUUACUGCCAACGUCAAGGUGGUGGUCAUCGACGACUUCUUCCUGAGUCCUGUCUCUGGUUGGGAUUGCGGUGACACGAGCUGCCAGAUCGGAGAUGCCCUUUGGCCAGCGCUCGCACAGGAGCGGCCCGGCUCUCCGGAGUUCUUUCGGGCCCGAAGUGCCGUUUGCCCUCGGGCGAUUCUGGUAGAUGCAGAGCCGAAGGUUGUGGAAACUGUGUUGUGUCGGGACAACGGUGCAUACAAGUUUGAUCCAGCGAGUGCAGUCACGACCCAAAGCGGUCGGGGUGGCAAUUUUGCACUGGGAUACGUUGGAGAUUCUUUGGGCCGCGCUUCCUCGCUGGAUGGAGAUUCUGAGCCCCUCUGGGCCAAGGCCAUGGAGCGCUUUCGACAUCAAGUUGAGGGCUGUCACGGUCGACACCUGGGAACGUACUUAGCACACUCCUUGGGGGGCGGAACUGGGAGUGGCCUCGGAACCCGCCUGGCUGAAGAGGUGCGUGAUGCAUACCCAAAGGCAUCCCUGCUCACGACCUCCGUCCUGCCAAUCUCCAGUGGGGAGAAUCCGAUGCAAAGUUACAAUGUGAUCUUGGCGCUCUCAUGCAUGCAAGAGGUCGCUGAUGGAAUCCUUCUGUAUGAGAACGAUAUGCUGCUCGCAUCUGCUGAUGACAGUAAAACGGCAGAUUACAGCUGUGGGACAUCGCUGGCUUCCAUGAACUCGGUCUUGGUGCGCGACCUCGUGCCACAUUUGUGCCCAGAUUCCCUACCGGCUGAUUUGGGGGAAGUGCUGUCUGCGGCUGUUCCACUGCCCAGUCACAAGAUCGUUCAAGCUUUCAGCGGUGAAGUGCUCUCAUCACUUGGGCCACCGUCGAGUCCUAAGCCUGUCAUCGAUGCGUUGAGGCUUCCACGAAGUUCCCGCAACUCUCAAAACUUGAUUGCUGCCCGAGCUGUAGUGCGUGGUGCACACAAGCAGCUGCUUGGCAGUGUGGCCUUAAAAGAUGAGUUGCUUGAUAAAUUAGGCGGUGCAGUGCCUUGGCAGCCAUUUUCUCUUGAUAUGCUCUGCAGUACACAGCCUUUGCGCUCGGCACCGCUUGCACGAGCGAGUAUUUUGACCAAUUGGAAGAGAGUGUCACAAACCCUGCGGAGCGUGCACUCGACAGCCUGCAAGAAAUAUGCCUCGGGCAUGUUCCUGCACUGGUACGAGACAUGUGGAUUCGGACCGGAUGCCUUCGCACAGGCUUUUGAGAUUGUGGAAUCUGUCAUAUGCGCUUACGAAGGCAUUGAGUCUGUCGCAGAUGCUGAAGCUUACCUCAUGCGUGGAAUGGAGAGCUCUGACCUCACAGCAGAAGUGAAAAUUCUGCACUGCUACGAGGAGCUUGCGACAGGUGGCUACAGACUCCAAGUGGGCACAGGCUUGUCCGGCAACCUUUUGGCUGAUGCUUUCGAGUUCUUGAAGCCGAAGGAUGCCGUGAGUCCAGUGCAUCUCGAGGGAGGAGAAAAGGCCAAACUUGUCAAAGAAGGUGCAAAGAAGAGCAGCUUCUUCCAAGUGGUGGCCAAUGCUUUCGCGAUGACGCUGACACGCGCGGCGAACCAGUUUGUCCGUGUAAGGCCAGUGAAACGGCACAUCGCCCGGCCACAAGUUGCCGGGCGAGCACAGUGCACGAUGUGGAUGAGCUCCACGCUUGGAGCAGCACCAGGCAUCGGCCCGGAUCCAGUAGCCCUCACAAACAGCAGUUCAUGGCUGAGCGCUGCGUUGGAGAAGAUACCGACCUUUUGCGCACAUGAAGCCUUGCCCACUUUGUACAGAAGACCGUGGCCCAAAGCAUUGCAGCGGUCCCCAUACGAGCAGGUCAUGUCAUCCACUUCUGCUGAUGCGGCUCGGCCACGUAGCGCCACUAGCGGCGUCGCCACUGCCAAAAGGCUGGCAGGCGCCGUCCCAUCGCGCAACCGGCCGAGCUCCACCUCUGGACGUCGGGGAGCGAGUGUCUCCCCAAAGCGCCAGACUGCAGAGUCAAAGUCGAAAGAUCCUGCUCGUCCCCACUCUGCGGCGUCCCGCCUCGGGCGUGCCGCGACGCUGCCUUCCGUCGCGCAGCGCCCUGCAAGUCGCCAGAAUUCGCCUUUUGCCAUGGGGUUGUAUCUCGACAACCACCUCGUGGUCUGUGGCUCGGCCAAGGUGCUCCUGAGUGCAGCCGUGGCAUCGGCUUACGCCACGUUCCCGCUGAAAAGUCAAGCCAUGGGCCUCUCACAUACCCAGCGAGCAGAGGUGCUCUCUGCAUAUCCCCUACUUUACCUGGCUAUGCUUUUCCCUGCUGGCGCAGCCUGUGACAGGAUUGAGGGGGCACGACUGGCAAUGGCGCUAGGCUUGGCAGGACUGGCCAUUAGUGUGUGUGGUUUUGGAUACUCCACUUCUGUGGUGAUGCUGGGCAUGAUGCGCAGUGCGCAGGGCCUAGCCAGCUCAGCAGCGGACGUUUCCUCGGCAGCAUUGGUGGCCGCUGUAGCAGGGACGAGGCUGGGCUACAUGGAAGGUGUUCUGGAGUCCUGCGAAGCUUUGGGUUGGAUCCUGGGACCACCCAUAGGUGCCUUCUUGUACGACUCUGUGGGCUUUGCUGCGGCCAACUGCAUCUGGGGUCUACUGGCCGCUGGUCUUGUCGCGCCCGUCUUACACCUGGCCACGCCGGGUACAUGCAAGCUGCUCGAGGAAGAGCCUGAGUCCGCAGAUAACGGAGAAGUUCAAAUUGAUGCAGACCUGGUGAGUUAUUCAAGGCUUCUGAUCCGCUUGUCUGCACAGGGAAGCCCCAUUUUUGCCUACGGUGCCUGCAGCGGCGCCAUGUACUCCGGGCUGGCCUUGCACAACAGGGCCAUAGGAACCCAGAAGAGCGCCUUACUUCAGUUGCUGGUGGCCGUCAGCUACCUUUUUGCUGCACCGGUGGUGGGCAGACAGUGCGAUGAAUGUGCAGGAGAUUGGGCGGCCUUGAGCAAGAAGCUGGCUAUGGGCUGGACCAUUCUGUUCGUGGGUUUUGGUCUCCUGGCGAUGGAUGCCGGCAUACCCAGCAUGGCGCUGGGUUUGCUUCUCCUGGGCUUGGGGGAGGCCUUCGUUUUACUCCCUUCGUAUCCCAGAUUAACUUUGGAAUGCCCUCACCGUCCCGGGUUGGUAUCUGCCGUGUUCAACGGGAUGUGGGCCCUUGGUCAGGCCUCCGGGCCAUUCAUCUUGGCGUUGGUCUCCUGGUCGCAGGCCGAGAUCACAGCCAGCUGCCUGGCAUUGAUGCUGGCUGGCCUAUUCGCCGCACGAAGAAUCAAGUCGACGCAUCGCCGAACCCAGGUGGAUAGACUACGGCCACAACGGCGUACUACUGACUAG